AUGGAUAGAUUAAAUCAAUUAAGUGGUCAAUUAAAACCAACUUCAAAACAAUCCCUUACUCAAAAGAACCCAGACGAUGUUGUUAUUGUUGCAGCAUAUAGAACUGCCAUUGGUAAAGGUUUCAAAGGAUCUUUCAAAUCAGUGCAAUCUGAAUUCAUCUUGACUGAAUUCUUAAAGGAAUUUAUUAAAAAGACUGGUGUCGAUGCAUCUUUGAUUGAGGAUGUUGCUAUUGGUAACGUUUUGAACCAAGCUGCUGGUGCCACCGAACACAGAGGUGCCAGUUUGGCUGCAGGUAUUCCUUACACUGCUGCUUUUCUUGCCAUCAACAGAUUAUGUUCUUCUGGGUUAAUGGCCAUUUCUGACAUUGCCAACAAGAUUAAAACUGGUGAAAUAGAAUGUGGUCUUGCUGGUGGUAUUGAAUCAAUGUCCAAGAACUAUGGUAGUCCAAAAGUUGUUCCAAAGAUUGACCCACACUUGGCUGACGAUGAGCAAAUGGGUAAAUGUUUGAUUCCAAUGGGUAUCACUAACGAAAAUGUUGCUAAUGAAUUCAACAUUCCAAGAGAAAAACAAGAUGCAUUUGCUGCCAAAUCAUACAGUAAAGCUGAAAAAGCUGUGUCCUCUGGUGCAUUCAAGGACGAAAUUUUACCAAUCAGAUCCAUCAUCAGAUCCCCAGACGGUUCUGAAAAGGAAAUCAUUGUUGAUACCGAUGAAGGUCCAAGAAAGGGAGUCGACGCCGCUUCCUUGAGCAAAUUAAAACCAGCAUUCGGUGGUACUACUACUGCUGGUAAUGCCUCACAAAUUUCCGAUGGUGCCGCUGGUGUUUUGUUGAUGAAGAGAAGCUUGGCUGAAGCUAAGGGCUACCCAAUUGUUGCCAAGUACAUUGCUUGUUCUACUGUUGGUGUUCCACCAGAAAUUAUGGGUGUUGGUCCAGCUUAUGCCAUUCCUGAAAUGUUGAAGAGAACUGGGUUGACCGUUGAUGAUGUUGAUGUGUUUGAAAUCAACGAAGCUUUUGCUGCUCAAUGUCUCUACUCUGCUGAGCAAUGUAAUGUUCCAGAAGAAAAGUUGAACAUAAACGGGGGUGCCAUUGCUUUGGGUCAUCCUCUUGGUUGUACUGGUGCUAGACAAUAUGCUACAAUUUUGAGAUUGUUGAAACCAGGUGAAAUUGGAUUGACCUCUAUGUGUAUCGGUAGUGGUAUGGGUGCUGCCUCCAUAUUGAUUAAGGAAUAG